GCAGGGAAAGCCUUUUUCUGCUCUUCUCUUGUACCCCCUAGGAAGGGAGGGGAACCUGGUCAGUGAAAUUAAGGAAACCUCCAAGCUCUGCCUUAAAACCCACUACCUAUAUAUGGCCUGAAGGAAAGGAAGGCAGAAAAAAAGCUGUUUGGAGGCAGGGAGGCAGCUUAGCUCUGCUGUUGGGGGUAGUGGGAGGUCUCAGUGUGAGGAGAUGGGCUGCAGUGUUUCAUGCCAAACCACCACCCCCUGCUCCACCAUCGCCUCAUUGAGUGCUCCUAGUCCCUGGGUCUGUGGUACAGACCAGUCUGAAGUGUUUUGGAGGAGGCAGAGACCCCAGCCCAGCUUGCUGGAGCGGACAGCUCUGAUUGAUAGCUGCCCAGCAGUGAGGUGGGAUGGGAUGUUAUGCGAUAUCCCCCUCCUGCAGUAGCUGACCACAAGAGAAAAACCUUCCCUGGGUCACCAGAGGCAGCACAACCUAGUGCUCUGCCUUAAAGAAUGGGCCUUAAUUCUGGGAAGGGGGUGGUCCUGUCACCCAAGGCUAGCAUGAAGAGGACCCUAACUUUUACAGGUGAGCCUCCCCAGGCUGCCCUUAUGGCAGGCAGAGGACCAGGGGCUGCAGUGGGGGGGCUGUGGGGAGCAAGGAGAUGGGGAUGAGUAGAGGGAGAUGGGAGGGAGGCAAGUGGGGAUGAAGCAGAGGGGUCUGGGGACACAGCACAGCCCCAGGAGAGCAGGAGCAGGGCUGGUAAAAGCCUGGCCAGGACACCUUGGCCCCUGUGGGGAGCCCAGGCACCGGCUGAACCUGGCUGCUAUUCAAGAGCGACAGUCACGACUCAGAUUAGCAUGAAGGUUAUUUCCAGUCAAAUAUUUCUACAGUCCACCUCUUUCCCCUCCCUUAAAGGGAUUGAAUUUCUUUUUCCAUGUAGUGCUCUGGAAAAGAGGAGGAGAGGAACGAGGGAGGGGGGAAGGGACGCCCGGGCUCUCUACGCGGGAGAGCUGCUUUGUGUCCAGUCAGCUCAGGGCGACGUAGCCCCAGCUCCCACAGGGACCAGUCUUCCCCGGGCCCCUGAGCAGCCCCGAGGGCUCCAGGCACACAUCUCCUGGGUGAGAGGCAGGCGCCCUGCGAUGAUGGCCAGGCUGCUGGCCAGGGUUUGCUGCCCAAAAGCUCUUCCUCAGGCUCCCAGAUGCCCCCCUGAGUCGGUUGCUGCCCGAGCCUGGAGCCAUGGACCCCUCACUGCCUACAUGCCUGAAGCCAUCGCCUUCCCUGGACCCAAGGACCACCAGGGCUUGUACAAGGUGUCAGUGGAGCAGGGGGACACCUUCUGGGGAGCGCUAGGGAGGAGCCGGCUCACCUGGAUCACCCCCUUCCACUCUGUUCAAGACUGUGACCUGCACCAGGGCAGGGUCUCCUGGUUCCUGGGUGGGCAGCUGAACGUGGCAGUGAAUUGUCUGGACCGACAUGUCCAUGUAGCCCCAGACAAAGUGGCCUUAAUCUGGGAGAAGGAUGAACCAGGAGAGGAGGUGCGGGUCACGUACAGGGAACUGCUGGAGCUGACGUGCCGCCUGGGAAACACCUUGAAACGGCAAGGGGUGAAACGGGGUGACAGGGUGACAAUCUACAUGCCCCCGUGCCCGCUGGCAGUGGCCAGCAUGCUGGCCUGUGCCCGCAUCGGGGCUGUGCACGCUGUGGUGUUCGCCGGCUUCAGCGCAGAGUCCCUAGCAGACAGGAUCCGGGAUGCCCAGUCGGAGACAGUGAUCACAGUGAACCAGGGGCUGAGAGGUGGCAAGGUUAUUGAGCUGAAGAAGACAGUGGAACAGGCUGUGAAGCAGUGCCCAGGAGUGAAACGGGUUCUGGUUUCCAUGAGGACUGACAGCAAGGUCCCUCUGACAGCCCUGGAUGUGCCGCUGGAGGAGGAGAUGAUGAAGGAGGAUGCGUGCUGUGAGCCUGCUGCCAUGGACAGUGAAGACAUGUUGUUCCUUCUCUACACGUCAGGCAGUACUGGCAAACCCAAGGGUCUGGUUCAUUCCCAAGCUGGUUACUUGCUGUUUGCUGCUCUCACGCACAAGUACGUGUUCGACUACCAGGACAGGGACAUCUUUGGCUGCGUGGCAGACAUCGGCUGGAUCACAGGGCACACCUAUGUGGUCUACGGCCCCCUCUGCAACGGUGGCACCACAGUUCUUUUUGAGAGCACUCCCGUCCAUCCUAACCCUGGCCGCUACUGGGAAACAGUGGAGAGGUUAAAAAUUAACCAGUUCUAUGGGGCGCCCACUGCCAUCCGUCUGCUCCUGAGAUAUGGCGAUGAAUGGGUGAAGAAGUAUGAUCGCUCUUCUCUCAAAGUGCUUGGCUCAGUGGGGGAACCCAUCAACAAGGAGGCGUGGGAGUGGUACUUCCGUGUGGUUGGCGAGACACAGUGCCCAGUAGUGGACACGUGGUGGCAAACUGAAACAGGUGGCAUCUGUAUCUCACCCCGUCCUUCGAAUCCUGGAGCUGAAAUCCUUCCAGGCAUGGCUAUGAGACCCUUUUUUGGGAUCACCCCCUCCCUCCUGGACAACAAGGGAAACGUCCUUCUGGAAAACAACAUCUCUGGAGCCCUUUGCAUCUCACAAGCCUGGCCAGGUAUGGCACGAACCAUUUACAAUGACCACAAGAGAUUUCUGGAAACCUAUCUGACUCCUUAUCCAGGGUUUUUCUUCACCGGGGAUGGUGUGUAUCGUACCAGUGAGGGCUACUACCAGCUGACAGGACGGCUGGAUGACAUCAUUAACAUCAGUGGACACCGGCUGGGCACUGCGGAAGUGGAGGAUGUUGUGAAUCACCAUGUGGCAGUGGCGGAGUCUGCUGUCAUCGGCUACCCACAUGAGAUCAAGGGAGAAGGAGUCUACACAUUUGUUGUGCUGAAGAAGGACAGUGGCUACACAGAGGAGACUCUCGCUGCUGAGCUACGGGAGCUGAUCUCAAAGAAGAUUGCUAAGUACGCGGCUCCAGAGUAUGUUCAGGUCACACACCGGCUGCCCAAGACACGCUCGGGGAAGAUUAUGCGUCGAGUGCUAAGGAAAAUUGUGGAGGACAAGGCCAGUGAGCUUGGGGACCUAACCACCCUGGAUGACCAUGAAGCCGUGCAGCAGAUCAUAGAGGGACGCAAGCGCCUGGUGGAGGGGCAGAAGAGCUGCUAGCUUGGCUCUGCCAGCAGCCACCUCCUGCUCCUCCACUGCAGAAC